AUGGGGGCCAAGGAGCCCCAGUUGGGAGAGGGUUGCGGGCCCAGGUCCCUGCAGCUGGAAGGAUUCACAGCGUACAAAGUCCAGCCAGGCCAAAUGCCCAACCCGUGGGUGCCUAUCAAGCAGUUAUGGAUGUGGGGCCGGAACAAGGGAAGCUGGCACAGAAGGAUACCCAGAUGGGAGGUAUCCCAGGGGAGGACAACAGCGUUGGAUCCCUGGAUGAGAAGGCUGAGGGGAGAAGUAGGAACCUGGCCGGGUCUGAGGUGUGGAUGCUUUCUUGGAAAAUCAGAUUGGUAUUUAAAUGGCGCACUUAGGCAAAUCAUGGAGAGCUUAAAGCCAGGGACUCCCGGCUCCCAGGUCCAACCCGCCUUGCUUCCUCCAAGCCGCACCUGCAUAGUAGCAGAGGCCGCAAGCAUGAUUCUGAUCGCCACGUUCCUGCUCGUGGCUGCGGGGGCUCUCCCCCUGAGAACCCGCCCCUGGCACUGCACCCACCCUCACCACUGCUGUUCGGACAAGGGACGGGGUCCCUACGAGGAGGAGUGGCUGACGUGGAACGGCGUGCCACCCGCUCCCCAGGUCGUCCCCAGCGACCCCGACACCCACCACUGCCAGGCCAGCCAAGACGGGCCCAUCAGCAGCAGAGCCAUCUCCCCCUGGACCUAUAUGCUGGACCGGGACGAGAAUAGACUCCCACAGGACCUGUACCAGGCACGCUGCCUGUGCCCGCACUGCGUCAACCUGCGCACGGGCAGCGGCAUGAACAUGUUGGGCAACUCGGAGCUGCUGUGGCACAACCAGACUGUCUUCUACCGGCGCCCCUGCCGCGACGGGCCGGGCCCGACGGGCCGCUACUACCUGGAGCGCAGCUUCUACCCCGUCUCCUUCGCCUGCGUUUGCGUCCGACCCCGGAUGUUGGUGGCCGCCGCGUAG